AUGGAGUACUCAAAAAUGCCCAAUAUCCAGACUGCCCUCCCUCACUUCCGCGACUCCUUCCCCUCCCCAUCCUACGUUACUCCUUCCCAGAAAACAUACAUCGCUCCCCUCUCUGCCUCCUCCCUUCAACAAUACAACUCUUCCAACAACAAGCGCAAAGCCAUCCACCAAGAAGAUGAUGAUGAAGAUGACUUCUACCACGAACGGGACUCGAACAAGCGCAUGAUGAUGAUGUUGUCCCACCACAGGGGAUCCUUCUCUUCGACCCGUCAACGCCAAGAAUCCGGCUGCUCUGUUUCUUCGACGAGCUCGUCUUGGUCUUCUUCUUCUUCGUUUUCCAACAUCUCGACUGCUUCCGUCUCCAAGAGUCCUAGCCUUUCCAGCUCGCCUAGUUUGUCCCCUGUCGAGAUGGAUGAGUCCUCUGGACUGCCAGAGUUCAACCCCCUUUGGCACUUGUGCGAUGCGAUCGCCCUGAUCUCUGAGCCCACUCCUUCCUCUACACCAGCAAAGAAGACAACCGUUGCUGCCAAGAGCCCCAAGUCAGAGGACAACAGCCCAUACGGACUCAAGAUUGUGUUUGUCGCACCCAAUUGGUUGGCAGAACACAUGGCCAAAUCCAAGAAGGCUGCAGCCAUGAAGAAGCUCCACUCCCUUGCUUAA